UACAUAUGUACGUGCAUUGUUCCGUUUUCAAUGAGUGUCAGUGUCACCAGUCCAGUUAAUUAUAAUUUCUUUAUUAUAUUUUAUUCUAAAAUAUUUCAUAAAUAAGCUGAAAAUAUAAGUCUGGUGUCAAAGUAGUGCAAUAGGAUAGUGAUUGUGUUGUCGAUAUACAAAUUUUUCUACACAAAUAUGAACAAACAUACAUAUACAUGCAUUAUAGCACAAUGCAAUUAGUUAUAUGUAUGCAACAUUUUGCUAUGUAAACUCUUUUUUUUAAUUGAAGUAAUUUACAUAUGUACGUACAUUUAUACGUGCAUAGAGUGUGAAAUAUAGACUCGUACAUACAACACCCAAAUAUACACAUAUUUGCAUUCUAAUUAUACGCAUCGCACAAUAUAACAAGUUGCUUUAAAUAUGCGUGAAUUCAAAGUUGUUGUGCUUGGAUCUGGCGGAGUGGGAAAAUCAGCCCUCACUGUUCAAUUUGUUUCGGGAUGCUUUAUUGAAAAGUAUGACCCAACCAUUGAGGACUUCUAUCGGAAAGAAAUAGAGGUUGACAGCUCCCCUUGCGUUUUGGAAAUAUUAGACACAGCCGGAACAGAGCAGUUUGCUUCCAUGAGGGAUCUCUAUAUUAAAAAUGGACAUGGGUUCAUUGUAAUGUAUUCACUCACGAACCAUCAAACAUUUCAGGAUAUUUCUAGUAUGAAAAAUGUGAUUACUCGCGUUAAAGGAAGUCAACCAGCACCAAUACUACUAGUCGCGAAUAAAUUUGAUUUGGAUUGCCAAAGAGAGGUGUCCACCGCUGAAGGAAAUGCUUUGGCCAAUCUGUGGGAGUGUCCAUUUAUUGAAGCAUCAGCUAAAGAUCGGAUAAACGUCAAUGAAGUAUUUGCAACCAUUGUUCGGGAGAUGAAUUUAACGCAAGAAAAACGUCAGAAAAAGAAUUACUGUUGUUGUACGCUUUUAUAGAAAUUUGUAAAAUUGUAAGAUUAUUA